AUGCAACCAGAGACCUGUUUCUCUCCUCCUCCACCUUACGAGGCUACUGUGCAAAGCCCAGUCCAACGCCAGUACGGCAUCGUGGCGGCCGAUUAUCAAAGCCGGAGUAUCCAGCGCAAUGAACACACACAUUUCCAACCAUCAAAUCAACAUUAUCAACAAUGGGACCCGCCAAGACCAUACGGCCUCCCACAGUAUGAGAUGCAACACCAUAGCUCGAAUAUCGGGCCUGGUCCCUCAAACAGACAGGAAUACUUAUCAGAAACACAAUUUGCGGUCCAACUGCAAACAUCGCCACGACCCAAGGCAUGCGUUAUCCCCCAAGUGACAAAAGUCUUCGGAGGCUCCCAUAUGAGUCCAUUUGUUCGGGCCCGCGCCCCAGAGCUAGAACAACAAUAUGGCCUCUCCGCAAUCGAGCUCCUCACUUUUAUCGACGAACUCAAUGAAUCGUUCCUUGCCAAUCCAGCACUACAGGCCGCAGGAGCCAUCGGAAGUAUUGUCGGAUUUGUGCCUCUCGCCAGCACACAAAUAGCCGGUGGCGCGAUUAAUCUUGCGGCCGGACUCAGCGCUGCGGGAGUUUCAUUUGUCCGCACAAAGCAAUUCAUGAAGAGGUCGAAUGAGACUAUUUUCAAGCCAAAGGGUCUUCAUGCCCAGCUUUGUAAGACAGAUAAGAUGCUAGAACAUAUCGGCAUGGCGAAUAACGGCGCCGUUUUCGCGGGGCAGCAGAGUCGGGCUAUUUUGGAAAAUGGCCAGGUUGAGGCUGACCAGAAUCCAAUUUCGAGGAGGAUGGAGGUUCUCGGUGAUCGGGUCACGAAAUUAUCGUUUCAUGAUGUGGAGGCUCGCCUCGCACCAGAUAACUGGAUCAAGAAGGCCGGGGCGUAUUCGGCACAGCGGGCCGAGUCCAAACAGUUGGAGAAGUUGAACAAGAGACAAGCCAAGUCGGAGAGAAAGUCUGGCAGGCACGAGAGAAAAGCUUCCAAGGCUGAACGGAAACAGGAUAGGGCCAAUGAAAAGGUCGGAGAUAUUAUGGAGGAGAUGGAAGAGGUUCGUGUCCGCAUCCAGAGUCUUGAUCCAACUUCGCGAAAAUACGAGAAGGCGCAUAAGGAGCUUCGGGAGGAGUGGAAAGAACUGGAGAAGGACUUGCGUGAAGCAGAGAGAGACCUAUAUCGUGGUGAUAGGAAGAGUCGCAAAGUGGAUGAGAAGAGCCAGAAGCGACUGCAAAAAGAUGGGAAGAAAGUGAACAAAAUACUCUGGAUUGUGAUCAUGCCCGACUCAGAGUGUUCUUCUAGUGACGAUGAUGACUGGGAUUCGGAUGAGUCGAUGGAAAAGAAUCAUGAAUCGUGA